AUGAAUCUCACAGAAGUUAAUGAAGAGGAUUUCUGCACCCAGUCCUCCAACUUCUCCUGUUUUGAAACAGCGUCACUAACAGCAGUGGAUGUGUUGAUGUAUUCGGCUGCAGCUGCAGUUGUGUUACUGACAGUGUAUGGAAACCUGCUGGUGAUCAUCUCCAUCUGUCACUUCAAGCAGCUCCACACACCAACCAACCUCCUCCUCCUCUCUCUGGCUGUGGCUGACCUUCUAGUUGGAAUAACUGUGAUGCCUUUCUACUUUAUUUACGCGAUACAAUCACGCUGGUGCUUUGGCGCAGUAUGUUGCACCAUUUUUAAUGUGAAUUCUGUUUUCCUGUCUUGUGUGUCAAUUUAUAAUGUUGCUUUUAUUGCUGUGGACCGAUAUUUUGCUCUUCACAACCCUUUUCUUUACUCUACUAAAAUGACAGUGAAUUCAACUUUGAUAAUAAUAUCCUUACUCUGGUUGUAUUCAUUAAUCUACAACUUGAUUUUGGUUUAUUUCAAUGGACUUAUAGCUCCGAGAACUGAACAUCCUAUGUGUGCUGAACACUGUGCUUUUGCAAUCAAUGGUAUAUGGCUUGUAGUUGAUCUUUUUAUAGUUUUUGUUGCACCAUUCAUGACAAUAAUAAUUAUGUACUUGAAAAUUUUUGUAAUUGCCAAAAGGCAUGCAAACAAUAUUAGAUGUGUUCAAGAACAACACCAUUCAAAGGGCACAAAGAAGAUUAAUUAUUCACUAGCAUCUGAAACCAAAGCAGCAAAAACAGUUGGUAUUCUAGUGUCUGCAUUCUUACUGUGUUUAGUACCUUAUUACCUAACUGUUAUCAUUUUUAUGGGUACGAGGGAGCCAUCUGUGUUUUUUACAGCUACGGACCUGACGACUUUGGUAUUUAUAAAUUCCUCUAUCAAUCCAAUCAUUUACGCUCUUUUUUAUUCGUGGUUUCAGAAGUGUUUUAAACUCAUUCUAACACUUAGAAUAUGUAAACCAGGAUCAUCACUGAUAACUGUGAUUUUAAAGGAUAGAUAA